GGUUUGAAUAAUUCCUCAAGGAAUAACCUACCCAAAAGGAAUUACUCAAAAUUUAAAUAAAUAAUGAGCAAAGAGUAAAACACUCUUCUGAUUCGAAACCAAAAUUACAUGCUUCAGCAUCUCAGUCUGAAAGCUCUGAUCAGCUUAUUUAACCUCCAUAAAUAUCUCUUAAAGGGCAAACUAGGGUCGAGCUCUGAGUCCCAAGAGACUUCUCAAAAAUUUUAUGAAGAGGGUGGCUCAACAGACUCAAAAAGGCUUAAGAAGCAGUCUAAAGGAGCUGAUAUAGCUGCUACUAAUAAAUAAACUUAAGAAAAUUAUCAAAUGUUCAAAUGUCAAAAAGUUUGUUCACCAAAGAAGGCUCCAGUCAAAACAAAAAUUAGAAAAUUACAUCGAGAGGAAAGGCCUUGAGAAAGAUGAUUUCAAGCUACUAAGGGCUAAAUAAGUAUCUCCUGAGCCAAAGUUACAGAAAUUUGGAAAAUAAAUUUGAUCAAAAAUCUAGGAAUUUAGUACCCUCAAAAGCACAUAGCCAUAUAGACCCAUUCACUCACUCGAUGGGUCAAAAAUAUUUAAAUUUACAGAGCCAACAACAGUUCUUGAGAAAGAGUAACUCAGCGAAUAGAUAUAACUCCCAUGAGGAGUCUGAGUCAGAAGUUUCUCAAGAGAAGAGCGAUACAUUCCAUAUCAGCAGAAGCAAUGAAUUCUGGAAGUAUCUCCCAGAUGGGUACCAACCUAGGACCUCUUUGGGCAGCUAAAAUUAACACAACUCACAAAAA